GCGUCAGGUCUCGGAGAUAGUUUGGUUUUCAGGUCCAGUCCGACGCACUAAGACCAGUGCUCAACGGAGACGAACAUACGGAGGACUACAGCCCGCUCCGGUUCCUGCAACAAAAAUAAUCUUAAAAUAUAAAGUGUGCAUUUGAAAAAUAAAAUAAAAUAAAAUCAUUGCUUCUGUGUUAUGACGCGCGUGAGCCGCACAGCAGCUGCUAUCUUUUAGCCAGCCGUGCUAACGCUGCGCUACUAGCCAGUGCUCCGUGGAGUGAUGUUGUGUCUCGAGGAGGGUUAGUUCCCAUCGACUCUCCCCCCCCCCCCCCCCCGCCCCAAAACCUGCACUCAUGUCGGGCAAGAGCACCGGGGUGGAGUGGGUCGAGACCACCGAGGAGGUCGUCAUGACGGAGGAGUGCAUGAACGACACCCCUGCAGUGAUGCCGGUUUUAGAGGCAGCGGAAACGCCAAUCCAGAAGUUGCUGGACACCGUGGGACACGGAGAUAACCCGGAUGCUGACGGUGGAUUUUGUGCCGAGCGACCCCGCCAACAUGGCCGUCGGCCCCUCCUUCAUCCUCGACUUCCCAGCGAGCACGGGUCUCCCCCAGAGGGCCCUCCUCACGCUGCCCUACGGCCUGGUGGUCGGCAGGUCCAGCGUUCCCAACGCGGGCGUCGGGGUCAUAAACCACGGGCCCACGGUGUCUCCGGGAAUGCAUUUUGGACCGUACGAGGGCGACGUGACCACGAGGGAAGACGCCAUGGCGAGCAACUUCUCCUGGGAGGUGAGAACGGAUCUCUAAACGCCUCCUAUUACGGUUAUUUAUUGUUAAAUGUGCAUAUUCUGUCCCUGCAGAUUUACAAAGAAAAAGAUGAAUAUGAGUACAUUGACGCAGCCAGAGAAUCUCACUCCAACUGGAUGAGGUACGUCAACUGUGCUCGGAACAAAGACGAGACCAACCUGCUGGCGGUCCAGUACAAAGGCAGCAUCCUCUUUCACUGCUGUCGCGACAUACACCCCGGAGACGAGCUCAUGGUGUGGCCCAGCGCCAAAUUUCUGGCCCAGUUCAGUGAAGCUUGGAGCCAGGUGUGGGUCAUGAAGUUGAAUGCGACAGAGAGUAACACCACUGCAACAUCUCACCUCUUCCCGUGCCCCCACUGCGAGCUGACCUUCACUACAGAGUCCUUCCUCCAGCGGCACACACAAGACUUCCACCCGCAGCCUGAAGGGGGCAGCGCUGCCGAGGCUUCCGACGCGGGCUCGGCUCUCCCCGCGGACACCUCCCUGGUGGUGGUUUCCGUUGACCCCGUCGAGUCCAAGACGUGCGGCGAUUGCGGGAAGACCUUCAAGCAAAUACCUCACCUCAGGAGGCACAAGCUCUGCGUCCACUCGAACAGACGGCCCUACUGCUGCCCGCAGUGCCGGCGGAGCUUCAGCCAGGCGUCCGGCCUCAUCAGACACCAGCUGGUUCACAGGAAGCACGCUUGGCCGAAAGACGCCGACGUCGUUCUCGAUCCGGACUUCUGUGAGACGAAAGAGAGCUCGACGCUGAGAGCCGAACUCUUCAGUCCUGCAGAUCCAGCCGUCGCCGAGGAAACUAAGGACGUGGAUGAGAGCGAGAAUGCACAAGAAGCUAUGGAUGUGGCUGAAACCGGCGGAGAGGCGGAGACGUCCCCAUUCAGUUGUCCGGACUGCGACAGGAGCUUCGCAAACGAGGCCGCCCUGAGAAGGCACAAGGCGACUGUCCACGAGGGGUUGCGCCCGUACGUCUGCACCGUGUGCCAGAAGUGCUUCGGCCAGUACACCGACCUGACCCGGCACCUGCGGCGGCACCACCAGACGCAAAGCAAGAGGGGCAAGAAGGUGAAAGAGGCUGCGGAGGGGCCUGCCACCGCGCCCUUUAGCUGUGCCGAGUGUUCGCUGGCGUUUGCCUCGGCGGACACGCUUCAACAGCACGUAACGGAGCGACACGCGGAGGAGGAGGCCCCCGUGGAACAUCGAGAGGACGAUCGGAGCCGCGAUCCAGAUUACAGCCCACAAACGUCGCUGGCUGAAACGGUUGAGUUUGUCCAAAAACGUCAGAGGCCUCAGCGGCUCGGAGCCGGAUCAAAAAUUGCCGCCAUAACCAAGCUCAUCGCCCCAAAACGAAGGGCGCCGGUCGCCUGCAAGAAGCCGUUAACCGGCCCCGGCGAGGCGCCGCCGUCGGCCGUCGCCGCCGCAAACGGGAAGCUGCCGAAAAACAAACGGCUCGGCUGCAACCGCUGCAAGCGGACGUACGGGAACCCGGACGACCUCAAAGCGCACACGUGCUCGCCGAAGCAGCUCAAGUGUGGCCAGUGCGGGGCGACCUUCAGCAAGUCGGGCUUCCUGAAGCGGCACGAGCAGGUGGUGCACGAGAACGCCACGUCCUACAGCUGCAACCGCUGCGGUAAAGUCUUCUCCACGUCCGGCAACCUCAAGCAGCACCAGAAGAGCAACACGUGCAUGAAGUACCACUGCACGUCGGAGCUUUUCCCGUGCUCCUUCUGCCAGUUCUCCUUCACCAUGAAGAGCUACCUUAUCAAGCACGUCAAGAGGCACCACCCGGUGGAGUACCUGUCUCACUUUGACUCCAACAGCCUCGCGGAUCAGCUGGAGGAGGAGGAGCAGCAAGAGGAGGAGCAAGAGGAGGAGCAGGUCAAGGAGGUGAAGGAGGUGAAGGAGGGGAAACCAUACGUGUGCCCGCAUUGCGGGAAGAGCUGCGCUAGCAGCAAAGUGUUCAAAUCGCACGCGUGCUUCCAGCAGGUGAAGGUGCUGUACCUGUGCAACGACUGCGGGAAGGGCUUCAUCAACCACUACGGCCUCAAGCAGCACCAGCGCGUCCACACGGGCGAGAAGCCGUACACCUGCCCCCACUGCGGCAAGAGCUUCUCGUACAUGGGCCAGCUCAACGUGCACCUCAGGACUCACACCGGGGAGAAGCCGUACCUGUGCACGCACUGCGGCGAGAGCUUCCGGCAGUCGGGCGACCUGAAGCGGCACGAGAGGAAGCACACGGGCGUGAGGCCCCACAGCUGCCCCGAGUGCUGCAAGAGCUUCAGCCGCCCGCAGAGCCUCAAGGCCCACCAGUUGCUCCACAUGGGACAGAGGAUGUUCAAGUGCACCCAGUGCGGCAAGAGCUUCUCCCGAAACUAUCACCUCCGGAGGCACCAUCAGAAGAUGCACUUGUAGCUCGACGCGUCGAGGACUUUGGGAAACGUUGCACUAAAUGGCCGAAUUUCUUUUUAUUUAAGUUUGUUUAAAGCGUUCCAGAACCAAAAGUGUGGAUUUUGUAAUUUUUUUUUUUUAUGUUAUGGAUAAGCGCGACACUCACUGCGAUUAAACAUAAGAGAAGUUUGCGCUCGUCAGUCAAUUUAAACAAAUCCUCAUCGUCUCAAUGUUCACUUUGAAA